ACCACACACACGACCCCAGUAAAGUCGCCAUUUUCUCUGAGUACAGACGUAGUGUUGAUGUUAAAAUAGUGUUGUUUUUGUCCAAAUAAGCGUGGACUUCGUUAUCUUUAUGUUUGGGUUGUCCUCAAAUGGCUUGCUUGAACACGUUGAAGCAAGAAAUCAAAACACUAGAGUCUGUUUUCCCCAAGAAUCAUGAAAGGUUUCAGAUAGUGGCUGCCAGUGUCGAUGAGUUGAACUGUAGAUUCAUUGGCAAAAAUGGCAAGAAAUACGAAAUUCACGCGAAUAUCACGGAGAAUUAUCCAUCUACUCCCCCAGUGUGGUUUGCCGAUUCAGAGGAAACAAGUGUGACUAAUGCUGUUCAGAUUUUGAGCAAUACAACUGGACGUGAUAAUCAUGUAAUUAACCAAGUUGGUAUUCUUUUACGAGAACUUUGCCGUUUACAUAGCCUUCCAGAGUUAUCAGAUGUAGAUCGGCUGGUUCUGCCUGUGCCACAUAGCAACCACACUGUUGGUGGUGCCUCACCUGCCCCAAGGCCUUCAGAUAGUAUUGAAAGAGACUGUGAUGAUGAUGAGGAAGAAGAUGAAGAAAAUGACAAUGACGAGUUGGAAGAUGAACACUUUGAAAUGGAAGAGGCGGAAAUAGUACAGAAAAACAAAGCCGAUGAUAUGGACAUAGCAAAUUUAGCUCAUUUGGAACGACUAAGAAACAAUCAGCGGCAAGAUUACUUAAAAGGGUCAGUAUCGGGGUCCCUACAAGCUACUGAUCGCUUAAUGAAAGAGCUCAGGGACAUUUACCGUUCAGAUACUUUUAAGAAAGGGAUGUAUAAUAUUGAAUUGGUUAGUGACAGUUUGUAUGAAUGGAAUGUCAGAUUGAUGAGUGUUGAUCCAGACUCUCCACUUCACAAUGAUUUGGUGCUUCUCAAAGAAAAAGAGGGGAAGGAUUCCAUUCUUCUUAACAUGCUAUUCAAGGAAACUUAUCCCUUUGAGCCCCCGUUUGUGCGAGUUGUACAUCCCGUGAUAAGUGGGGGAUAUGUUCUUGUUGGUGGUGCUAUCUGUAUGGAACUCUUGACAAAACAAGGUUGGAGUUCAGCGUACACUGUAGAAGCUGUUAUCAUGCAAAUAGCAGCUACCCUUGUGAAAGGCAAAGCUCGUAUUCAAUUUACUUUACCCAAGAGCCAGUACAGCCUUGCCAAAGCCCAGCAAUCAUUCAAGUCCUUAGUCCAGAUACACGAGAAAAACGGUUGGUUCACACCCCCAAAAGAAGAUGGCUAGUUUAAAGUGUCAGCAAUUGGCACUCCAGUUGCAGAUAAAGACUGAAUGUCACCUCAAGUAUCCGCAUUAUUAAAGGUUGAAAGAAAACUGAUCAUUCUCCUUUUACCGUACAGUACCAUUCAAUUUAUCAAUCAUGCAGUGUUCAUCCUUGGUUAACUUUGUGAAAGUGAAUAGUUCAAAAAGUCAACAAUAUACCUAUUUUUCUAAGUUGCAUUUGUACAGUACUGUAAUUAAAAUGUGGAUGAGCUUUUACUAUGAAAUAUGUAGGGGUGCUUUCAAGAACUUGUUGUAUCUUAUCUUUAUGACGUACUGAAAUUGGACCCGACUUAAAUGCUUUGCUUUGCAAUUGUCUCAAUUACCUGCAUUGAGAGGAGAUGAUCAGUAAACUUUCACCUUCUCUACAGCAAGAAAUCACCACCCUUCAGUGCAGCUCAAUAAGUUGUGACUUACAGUGAAGAUGAAGAAUCAUUGAAACAGGACACCUAUUAGUGUGAAGUGUUUUUGAAUUUUUCUUUCUCCAUUGGCUCUCUGUGAACUUUGUGAUAUUGCUGUAGCCUGUGCGGCAUAUUGUGUGAUCGCUGUAAAGUACAAUAGUUACCAUAGGUUCUACAUGACGGAAUCAAAUCAUCUGUCGGCGCUAACUUGUGUGUGGCAUGAACUUCUUUGGAAAGGACCUCUUAUCACAAGAGCUACUUCACUGAUGCUUUUGUGUACAGUGGUGUCCCAUGUGAAUCUUCAGAACUUCUCCUAUGAUGAACUUAUAAGGUGUUCGAGGGUAGAAGUGUGAUCAGUUAAUUUAGGUGUUCAUCUGUAAAUUCUUUUGCUUUCUGUUGUCAUAUGUGUAUUUUAAUUAUUAUUGUUUGCUGAUUAGGGGCUCUUAUUGAGGUAAAAAAGUCCCCCUACAUUGGCUGUAAUUUACUGACUUGACUUAUGUUAAGAAUGUUGUGACCACCUGUUUGUACAUAUGUUUUGUAUUUCAUGUGGAAGGAAGAAAAGUGCACGGAGCAUCGUAAAACUAUUGCUAUUUAGCUUCUUUCUUCCUCUUCCCCUCCUUACCCUGCCAGUUGCCCAUGAUUGAAUUGGCUUUCUUCUGCAAUUUGUUUAAGUGUUGUUUUAAUUCCAUCAUUUUAAAAGUAUAUAUAUAUAUCUAUUAAACAAACAAAAGUUUAGCACAUAUUGUAUAUUGUUUUAAGUAAUUCAUCCAGUUUAUGUUGCUUUUGUUACACCAGCUCGAGCUGCUGCACUAAACUGAAUAUUGAACCUUUAAAAAAUAAAAAGAUAGUAAAUGUUAGCUA